UCGCUCCUCUCCCUCGUCCUCUUCUAUCACAACAACUCCCUCAUCCCCCACCACUCCCAUCCCCCCCCCGAAGACAGCAUCAACACCUGUCUUCACCCCCAUCUACAGUCCAUCAAUCGACCGUCGCAGGCAGACACUCCUUCAUUUCCGCAUUAUUCUUCUCUUCAUCGACAUGCGCGGGCUUAUCGGCUACUCGCUAUUGCCGCUGCUGGCGUCAUCGGCACCCACCUUCAGCACAGAGACAAUCCACGACGGAGUUGCUCCUCUGAUCUCCUCCUCAAAUUCAGUUGAGGUGCCCGAUUCCUACAUCGUCGUCUUCAAGAAACACGUUUCCGAGGCUGCUGCCUCGGAUCAUCACAGCUGGGUGCAAGACAUCCACCUCAACAACGCGAACGAACGAACCGAGCUUCGAAAGCGAUCGCAAUUUCCCAUUACGACCGAUAUCUUUGAGGGUCUCAAGCAUACCUAUAAUAUUGCAGGGAACUUCUUGGGUUACUCCGGCCAUUUCGAUGACUCCGUCAUUGAGAAGGUCCGAAGGCAUCCUGAUGUCGAGUACGUCGAGAAAGAUUCCGUUGUCCACACUUUAGGGGACACCGGAGAGCUUGAGAAGAACGCCCCAUGGGGUCUCGCUCGUAUCUCCCACCGGAAGAGCUUGUCAUUCAGCGACUAUAACAAAUAUCUCUAUGCCGCUGAUGCUGGUGAGGGGGUUGACGUGUACGUUAUUGACACCGGAACCAACAUCGAACAUGUUGACUUCGAAGGCCGCGCACACUGGGGCAAGACUAUCCCCGCCAACGAUCCUGAUGAGGACGGAAACGGACAUGGAACUCACUGUUCCGGUACCGUUGCCGGCAAGAAGUACGGUGUUGCCAAGAAGGCUAAUGUCUACGCCGUCAAGGUGCUCAAGUCCAACGGUUCAGGAACCAUGGCAGAUGUUGUCAAGGGUGUUGAAUGGGCAGCCCUCUCUCACACAAAGAAGGUCAAGGAUGGAAAGAAGGGCUUCAAAGGCUCCGCCGCCAACAUGAGUCUUGGUGGAGGAAAGUCCCCUGCUCUCGAUCGUGCUGUCAAUGGUGCUGUUGAAGCUGGCAUCCACUUCGCUGUGGCCGCUGGAAAUGACAAUGCCGACUCUUGCAACUACUCUCCCGCUGCUGCUGAGCUCGCCAUUACUGUUGGCGCCUCUGCUCUUGACGACUCUCGAGCUUACUUCUCCAACUACGGAAAGUGCAACGACAUCUUUGCCCCAGGUUUGAGCAUCCAAUCCUGCUGGAUUGGCAGCAAAUAUGCCACCAACACCAUCUCCGGUACUUCCAUGGCCAGUCCACAUAUCGCAGGUCUCCUCGCAUACUACCUCUCUCUUCAGCCAUCCAAGGACUCUGCUUAUGCCGUUGCUGAGAUCACCCCAAAGAAGCUGAAGGAUAACAUUAUUGCCAUCGCUACUGAGGGUGCGUUGACCGACGUUCCAGCUGACACCAAGAACGUGCUUGCAUGGAACGGCGGUGGAUCGUCCAACUACUCUUCUAUCAUCAAGGCUGGCGGAUUCUCUGUGAUGGCCACCAAGGAGUCUAGGUUACCAACCACAGUUGAACUCUUGGAGGCAGCCAUUGAGAAGGAUUUCAACAUGAUCUCUGGGGAAGUCGUCAAGAGCAGCGAGUCCAUGAUCUCCAAGACUGAGAAGCUUUCCAAGAAGAUCCAGAAGAUGGUGGACGAAGAGCUCAACGAGUUCUUCGAGGAGCUCAGCUUUUAGAAGCCGACUGACAGUAUACAAGUACCAUAUGCGGAUGUUACAUUGAUGCGCUUGGACAUGGAUUUCCCAUUCUUUUGUCGCCGGAGCAUGAUCUUGGGCUGGACGGUGGUUUCCUACUGUAUGCAUUUUGAUUACCGGUUUCCUUGCGUCGCAUCCUCAUGGUUUCUCUGUUGUAUUGCACAAUAGACCACUGCUGAAUUGUAUCAAUGACCCUCUUUUGACUUCCUCUUUCCAUGCGACUGGGAAUGGUGAUCAUGUGUGAAGAAGCCCUCCCGAGUUAAUAAAUAACAUAAGAACCGAUGGUUAGGUCCAUCUGGGUAGUACCU